AUGGAAAUGAACCAUGUAGGUAGAUCUCGGAGGAAAGAACAGGAAGAAAGUAGUUUUUGCGGCACCACAAACACGAAGAUAGAAUACCUCGAAGCAUUCAGAACAAAGUCUUACGUUGAAAUAUGCAACAAAGCACAAGAGGAGCUUGGAAAUGCAGGAAGCGCUUCCUUCAAAAUGCACCUUACUGAAUAUCUUCUAGAACCCCCGCAAGAAAUUGUAGCAAACAUGAAGGUGCAUCGUCUUCUGGUGGACUACUUCGAAGCCAGCUUGGAAACAUGCCGUUGUUGCGAUACAAUCCUGCAAGCUAUCCAUCAAACACGACUUGCUUACGCAAGACUCGCCAGUGUUGUCAAGUUAAACCAAACAGCGCCUUAUGACCAACCCCAAAAAUAUAUUCACACAGAACUUUCUUCCUUCGUAUUACAAAAUAACCCUUUGUCUACUAUCAUCCCCGAGCAGUUUCGUGACGUUCACCACAGAUACAUUAUCCUUUUACGUAUGUUAACAUCAAAGAAAGAGAAAAUUCAAAGAACAUUAGCCAUAAAGCGCGUUUGCAAGAAGGUUGGAGGAAUCGGUUUAGUGGUUUCACAGAGCCUUCUCCUGGUGGCUUUGUUGGUAUUUGCGGUUCACAGCAUAGUUGGGUUGGUUGCUGCACCGUGUAUGGCUAGUUUUGUUGGUUUGGCCAUCAGGAAGAGAUUUAAGCGGAGUCGUGAAAGGCUCAACAGAAACUCUAAAUCUAUGAGACUGUGUGAACAACUUGAUGUUGCUGCCAAAGGGGUUUUUGUGCUGAUCAAUGAGUUGGACACUAUGAGCCGCAUGGUUAAGAGGUUAGACGGCGAGGUUGAACAUUGUAGAGAGGUUGCUGGUAUUUGUGUGAAGAAUGGCAAGUGUGAAAUAUUGAAGCGGGUUGUGAAGGAAUUUCAAGACAACGAAUCUAGCUUUCUGGCUAUGUUGGAAGAGCUUGAAGAACAUAUAUAUUUGUGCUUUCUCACUGUAAACAGAUCUAGAAGGCUGGUUAUGAAAGAAAUUACGGAGAAACAACGUUAG